AUGAGGUCACCUGGCACCAACUUAUCUCAGCGCAGAGGGGAAUCCGCGGAGAGAACUGCUCUCCGCCGCCCGGCCGAGCCGGGGACAGAGCCAUGGCUUGACGAGAAGCGUCUCCUCGACAUGGACAACUUCGUGAAGACGCUCGCGGAGGCCAAGUCCAAGGGCAUCCACCCCGAGCUCGCCGGCUCCGUCAUCCCCCAGUUUGCCGCCAAUUGGCUCUCCGAACUUUCCGGUGGUGGCGGUGGCGGUGGUCGCCGUUCUGAUGAAACCCCGUCGGAGGGCUCGAUAGCCGCCUGGAUGAAGAAGAGGUUCCUGGUAGAGACGCUGGUGGGCCUGCUCCCUCCGGAGAAGGACUCCCUUCCCUGCAGCUUCCUCCUGCGGCUCCUCAGGACGGCCAACAUGGUCGGUGCCGAGCCCACCUGCCUGGCGGAUCUGGAGGCCCGUGUGGCGAGGCAGCUGGACCAGGCAACCCUCAGGGAACUGAUGAUACCCGCCUUUAGCCACACUUGCGGGACCCUCCUCGACGUGCAGCUGGUGCUCCGCCUGGUCAGGGGCUUCGUCUCCUUGGACGAGGCCGUUAAGAGCGGGGCCGCCAUCGCCAAGGUCUCCAAGCUCCUAGACGCUUACCUCGCCGAAGCCGCCAUCGACACUAACCUAUCCCUUCCGGACUUCCAGUCCCUUGCCGCCUCUCUCCCCGCCCACUCCCGCGCCUCCGACGACGGUCUCUACCGCGCCAUUGACACCUAUCUCAAAGUAUCCCACCCCGCUUCUCCCUCUAUCUUUCUUUCUACCUAUCUUUCUUUGUUUGUUCAUUCUCUGAGGCGUUCGUAUGAUACAGGCGCAUGCGGGGACGGGGAAGGAGGAGAGGAGGGAGCUGUGGAAGCUGAUAGACACGCGGAAGCUCUCUUCAGAGGCUGCCCUCCACGCGACCCAGAACCAGAGGCUCCCUGUGCGGGCGGUCAUGGAAGUGCUCUUCUCCGAGUACGGGAAGCUGAGCCGACCCGCGGACUGGAGCGGGUCCCUCAGCGGUCCCCGCAGCCCCAGCGGCGCCACCGUCGAGCUCCCGGCGCGGUGCCCCUCCAAGCGAGAGGUCAUCGCCCAGCAGCAGGAGAUUCGCCGUCUGCGGGACGACGUGGGGAGGCUCCAGCUGCAAUGCCACGCCCUGCAGGUGCAGAUGGACAGGCUGGUCGAUAGGAAGAAGAGAGGGGGGGGAAUCUUCAAGUGGCGGUCGCUGCUGUUCAAGCAGAUCGACAUGACGGAGGAGCAGGACGUGGUGAGUAGCCAUACGCCGUUGGUCUGGAGGAAGGGGAGGCCGUUGCCGGCGAGGACUCCCACCCCGAGGUGGAGGAACUCUCUGUCUUGA